ACUUCUUGUAGUCAAGAUUGGUGUAAAAACCACUAAACGUACGGCGUUCCCUGGUUCCAAUGCUGCUGCUUUCAGAGGACGGGAGAUCCCCACAGACGAAUGAAUCGCUCCUGUCCGCUUUCUAUGAUCUGGCUCGACAGACCCCGGACAAUGACUUUCUCGUUGAGGAUGUAAACAGAAGCCUCACGUAUCGAGAAUCAUACAUCCUAGCGUCGCAGCUUCUCCCUCAGCAGCUGAAACGCCUAUGCCCGUCUCUCUCCACUCCUCGAAGGAGGAAGGUGGUUCUGAUUUCCGCGAACAACGCUCUUGUUCCGCUCACUCUUUGGGCAUUUUGGUUUAUGUCGUUCUCCGUUGUUCCGAUCAGUGUUAAAUCAGAUCAAUCCUUAUGGCGGGCCAUGGUCGACGUCGUCGAUCCUGACGCGGUCAUCGUCUCAAGAAAUUUGAGAGAUGCUGCAGCCAAGUAUCUGCCCGAUACAGCUGACUUGGACGUUGCGUACCUUGACGAUAUCAUACCGAUUCAAUUUGCGCUGCAGAUUUCAUCCCUGCGGCAGUCGGAUUUCAUACCGUCUCUGAAGCUAUGGUUGUCGCAGAUAUCGGGACCGGACGAUGGGCAUGCACCUCUUCGUGGACCGCCGCACGUCGAUGACGAGUUGCCUGUUAUUUCGCUCUUUACGAGUUCUGCCGUGGAUGCCUCAUCUCUAAAAUCUGUCACCUAUACCCACACAAUGCUAAUUCAUUCGGCGUGUAGAAUGGUAGAGAUGCUUGGAGGAUCACCUUACGGGAGUCAUCCCAUUCGACAUCUCGGUUGGCUUCCUUUAAGCCAUUGCUUUGAAUUCUGUAUUUCUUUGCUAGGUAUCGUCCUAGGUACUGGAGGUUCCUACAUUUUUUUCGACAGACAAGUAUCUUCACCUCAAGCUCCAUUAUCGACUCCAAUCCAUGUUCAGCUCCUGCACGCCAUUCAGUACCAUCAACCCGUGGAUUCACUUUGUGUUGUCCCUGCUAUCUUUGAGGACAUGGUGGCAGACCUGGACGAAAUUGGUCUAAGGAACCUGAAGGCAAUGCGCUCGCUCGGGGUAGGAGGUGCUCCGACUUCAGAGGAUAUUUUUCAAUGGGCUGCCGGACAUUCGGUCCAGUACUUUGAUUGCUCAGGAGCCACCGAAGCAGCAGGUACAAUUUGCAUAAGACGAGUGAUGGUACAAUCCAUGAGGGAUCACGGUCUUCAAGUUGCACCUGGGUUGGAAGGCUUUUUAGAGAAAGAGUCAUUGAUGGAUAACUUUGGGGAACUGGUUUUACGAGGAUCAUAUCUUCCAUCAGGGUAUGAUAACAAACAGAGCGAUGCGUACCAACACGAUCCAGUGUCUGGCAUGAAUGUAUACAGGACCGGGGAUGUGUACGAGGAGGAUGAAGAGACGAUGAAGGUCCAGAAAUCGUCAAGCUAUCUCAAAGGCGGGACACUUCCUCAUCCCGACAAUAACAGACCACAACUAUCCGGUCUCAAGUACCUUGGACGGAUUGAUGACUUGGUCGUUCUGGCUUCUGGGGUCAAAAUUGAUGCCUUGGACAUUGAGCGACACCUCAAUAACCAUCCGCUCAUUCUACGCUCUGCGGUUAUUUCGUCUAUCACAAGAGAGACGCCUGUCGCUCUCCUGCAACCCGCUGGAAACAACGAUACGCCGCUUGACGUAGGAAAACGAGAGAAAAUAGUCAGAUACGUCAUGGAGAUUAACCAGACGCUUUCAUUUGAGAAGAGGAUACGACCUGGAAACAUCGUGUUCGUCGAUGAACUGCCGACCACGACGAAGUUCACUCUCAACCGGAAGAAAGUGAAGAAGAUCUGGGCUGAGUUAAACGGAAAAUGGCCUGUGCAAAAACCGCAAGUUGCAGACUCUCACAAUCAUGUGUCGGAAUUACGCGAGCACGUGCUACUGCAUAACGAGGUCCUUCGACUUCUUUCGAAUAUUUUCAACAUACCCGUCGACCAUUUUGUUCACAAAUCGGUCAAGGUCGCCGAAAUACCCCUCACUUCUAUAACUGCUGUUCAGCUUGCUCGAGCUCUCGAAUCGCAGUUCUCCUUUUCAGUAACUGCAUCUCAACUUUACGCUUGUAAAAGCGUCGAUGACAUCUGCGAUUUAAUCGUCAAACAUGACAGUGCCACUCAAUAUAUUUUAUCAACCCCUGAGGACCGGAGCUCGAGCAUAAGUGAAACUAUUGCAACAGGGAAUGUAGCUGACGUCUCUGACGCGUCUUUGGUCAUUACCGGAGUUGCUUGUCGUUAUCCGGGGAAUGUUAGUUCUCUCAGUGACCUCUGGGAUGCGUUGCUUGAUCCCCAGACAUACGAUAGACGGGUCUCCAAGAAAGUGCCAGCUUCUCGAUGGAGUCCAGAAUCUAUUCAAGGCGUCGAUAUUCCUCCGGUUGCGUGGCUCGAAGAUGAGGCAUUCCAGGACACCGGAGCGUUUAGGAAGUUCUUUAGACUGUCUCCUGCAGAUGCGCAGAACAUGAGUCCAAACGCGAGGCUUGUACUGCGAAUGGCCUAUCAGGCCAUCGAAGAUGCUGGGAUUGCUCCCAGCUCUUUAGACGGCCAAUCGUGGGCAGUAUUUAGUAGUGUGAACAGCUCCGGAUGGCGAGAACGGAUGUCAGCCGAGCUCGACAUACAUGAGUACUCCAUGGCAUUACCAGGAAGCGCCCAUGAUGCUGUUGGUGCAAGACUAUCAUACUUUCUUAAUCUGACAGGCCCGGCAAUUGAGGUUAAGACUGCGUGUUCAAGUAGCCUUGUUGCUAUCAACCAAGCAUGUAAUUCAAUUCGGAGUGGGGACUGUGACGCGGCAAUAGUCGUUUCUUCUACAACUCAUUUCCAUCCUUCUGGACCAAUCUUCCGCUUGGACUCUGGUAUUGCCUCUAAAUCAGGCCGCUGUGCAACAUUUUCAGAAACAGCAGAUGGUUUUCUUCCCGGAGAAGGUGCAGCAGCCAUAGUCAUCCAGAAAGCCACAGACGCACAGUGCGGUGUAUACGCUAAGAUCAAGGCAUCUCAUAUCACCCAGGAUGGUCGAUCACAUGGCUUCUUCGCCCCAAAUCCGGCCGCGCAGACGCGACUUUUGCAGCAAACUAUGAAGAAGGCGCGCUGCGUUGAGGAGGAUAUUGAUCUUAUAGAGGCCCAUGGCACAGGAACUCAGGUAGGAGAUGCUGUAGAGAUGCAGGCUCUUGACAAGGUCUUCCGCGGUAAAAGAACAAGGCCCUUGCUUGUCAGUGCUGUUAAGGCGGUACUUGGACACACUGAGGAAACUGCGGGUCUUUCGAGCGUGCUGAAGACUAUUGCUUGCCUGCAAAACAACAUUGUUCCCGGCCAACAUAACCUAGAACUUCCGAAUUCUCAGAUCGAUUUCACUGGUUCCAAGUUCAUUGUCCCCCGACGUGUCACUUCAUUUCCUCGAAACGGCAGGCCUCGUCGUAUCGGUGUCUCCUCUUUCGGCCUGUCUGGGACCCUGGCCCAUGCCAUCUUGGAGGACUUCGACAAGCAUCACGUUCCUCAAUUGACCAAUACCCCGAGUAUUUUCCUUAUAAGCGCAGUUGAUUUUAGAGAGUACGAGUCUCUGGUUAAACGAUGUUUGGAAUUCGUGCUAUCUCCGUCGGGUGCGGAGUCAACUCUCAAAGCUAUAUGCAUGACGAGUCAAGUUGGGCGAGAUCACUUUCCUGUGAGACGUGCUUGGCCUGUUUGUGACUUCAGGUCAUUGGUGUCAGCUCUCUCAACAGAGCUUCUAGGGCCGAAACCUAGGGAAACAUUCAAGCACGGAAACGUCAGACUAGGCAUCUGGUUCGGCCUGCCUUUGCCCAGGGCUUCCUUCGAUUUGCCUGAUUCCCAUGUGUUUGGACACAAACGAUCGACAGUAGCAACUAGUACUUGGGACCAGUGCUACAGAGCGUUUGCCGAACAAUUGGCUAUUGUGAACGCUCUGAAAGCUCUGGGUUGUCAGAUAGGAGCUGUAGGAGGAGAGGGGAUGUCAGAAUGGGUAGCGGCAGUUUGCGCUGGAAUUUUACCAGUUGAUUCUGUUUUCCAAAGGAGAGCUGAAGAGAAUAAUAUGGUUUAUCUACUUCGGGGGCCCAAGAGCGAAAUAACGGAGUCGCUCAUGCAAUGGCUUCCUUCGGAACUGAGGUUGCGUGGAUGUCAUACGGACGAGCUGCACGUGUUAGAGGGUGAAGCUGAUGUUGUGGAGGAGUUCACGAAGAACGGAGGUUACACCGUCGCAGUUAACCCUACUCUUGCACGCGCUGAACCUCCAUCCACAAACGUAAACUCGAAGGGGAUUCCAUUUGUUUCAGGGUAUUUAUGUGAUGUUCUGGAUGAAGAUACGCUUCAGAGUCGGACCUAUUGGACACAGAUUGCGAACCGUGUCUUCGAUACUCGGCGGGGCGUCGAGUGUCUUACGGCUAAGUGUGAUCUCGUUGUUCACGUUGGAGGCCCUGCCCUUGCAUUAAGCUCGGACAAGUAUACCCAUUUCGGAUCCGAACGCUUUGAACAACUUUUAGCUAGCUUGUAUGAACACGGUUGCGACAUGGACUGGAACAUUUUUGGGACGACUGGGGAAAGGGUACAUCUGCCUGUACAUCAGUUUUAAGUAUUUUAUUAUUAUCAAGUUUCUAUCAUACAUACAAUUCAUAUAGUAGAACUUCAUUCGACUUCUUUUACUACCCGACCACUUGCGUAAUGUCGGUCAGACGCAGUAUUGAAUUCUCCCCUCGUUUCUGUACCAAUGAUAAUUUGUCACGCU